AUGAAUGGGAAGUGCUCCGUUUUCAACACCCCCACAAAAGACGUGAAAUUGUCUCGACGAAGAGCCACUCGCGCCCUGCUAGAGCAGCACGCGCCCCUUGCCAGAGCCGCGUGCCCUCUGCUAGAGCCCCGCGCCCCCUGCCAGAGCCGCGUGCCCUCUGCUAGAGCCCCGCGCCCCCUGUCAGAGCCGCACGCUCCCUGCCAGAGCCUCGCACCCCCUGCCAGAGCCACUCGUGCCCCCCUGCCAGAGCCGCGCGCCCCCUGCCAGAGCUGUGCACCCCCUGCCAGAGCCACGCGCGGCCCCCCACCCCCCCCCCCCCCCCCCCCCCCCUCCCCUCCCCCCCCCUGCCAGAGCCGCGCGCCCCCUUCCAGAGCUGCGCGCCCCCCCUGCCGGAGCCCCUCUGCCAUAGCAGUGUGCACGCCCCUACAGAGCACUGCGCACGCCCCUCCAGAGCAGCGUGCCCCUCCACAGCAGCAGACCGCAGCUGCGCCGGCCCGCCACAGCCGCCUACAUCCUUUCACAGUCACCCAAAGUCCCUCUCAGCCGCCACUUUGA